CAUAUAAUAGAUGAUAAUAUCCCAAAGAAAACAAUUUUGGCCAUUGGUGAAACUGGUACUGGAAAAAGUACCUUCGGUUUAAAAGUUUUCAAUGUUGAUACGGUUCCUGGUUCCGGUAUAUCAUCAGUUACAAGAAUUUCCGAAAUUUUCGAAAAUCUAUUCUUUAGAUACAUUGAUACUCCUGGUUUUUCUGAUUCCGAAGGAUUAGAUGAUGAUGAAGUUUUUAUUGAUAUGCUUUCUUUAAUUCAAGAAAAUUCCGUUAAUAAUAAAUUUAAAAUUGAUCUCAUUUUAUGGUUUUGCUUUGAAAGUAGAAGAUGUAAUCAACAACUUCAACGUGGUGCUAAAUUUAUUCAAAAACUUUCCGAUUAUUCGGAUCUUUUAAAUAAUGAGGAUUUAAAUAUUUGGAAUAACGUUUUAAUUAUUAUUCAAGGUCAAGCUUUAGAUGAUGCUACUGUUGAAGGUCCUCAAGCUGCUGCUCGUCUUGCUUGGCUUUCUUUUAUUAAAGAGAAAAAUAUUUUAUUUAAUAUUGAUGAUUUUAAACUUCGAUAUUUCCCUUGCUUUGUUUAUAAUUUUCAAGAUAUUCCUUCUCCUUAUAUGAACAUGUCUCAAUCUCAACGACAAAGUUUAAAUGUUUAUUCUAAUUCGGAAAUUAUCUCAAAGAUGCAACAACUUGUCUCGGAAAUUUCUUCAAAAUUUAAUGGAUUUAAUGUUUGUUUUAAAAGUGCUAAAUGUUCUAGAUGUGAUCAAAAAGGUGAUCCUAGACUUUUUAAAAAUAAAUGUCAUUUUGAUUUUAAGCAUAAUCUUUCUACAAAACUUGUUCACUCUAAUGUUAUAGAAGGUUAUCAUAUUGGUCCUAUUGUUUGUGUUCAUUCCGAUAAAUUUCAUCAAGAUCAAACAAAAGUUAAUGUUUCUAUGGCUACUGGUGGUGCUAUAGGUGGUGCUAUAGGUGGAACUGUUGGUAGUAUUCUUGCCUUGGCUGGUCAAAAAAAUGCUGCUUCUAGUGGUGUUAUUGGUUCAAUGACUGGAAUUGUAGGUGCUACGGCUGGAAAAAUUGUUGGUGAAUUAAUUACUGCUUAUGAAUGCUCGGAAUGUGGUUCUAAUUGGACAAAACCUGGUUGUAUUAAGAAAUGUUCUAAUUGUGAUAAAUUAUGGGAUUCUUAUGCUAAUAAUUGUGGAAAAAGAUAUUCUUGUUGUAAAAAAUCUGAUGAUGAUUCUGGUUGCACUUUAAUAUCUUAUUGUGUAUCCGAUAAUUGUAAUACAAAUUUAUCGGGUUGCAUUUGUAUUGUUUGUAAUCAAUCUAGACGUACUACUGGUUGUCAUCAAGGGAAUCAACAUGAUAUUAUCUAUUUUAAUGACUAA